AUGGCCUCAAACGACGACCGCGACAGUCCGCCACGGACUUCUGCAGAAAAAGCAGCCCAGCCCAGCUUGGAGAAAACUCCUAGUAAUACUGUCACUGAACCAACCGAAGGCGAUGAAUCACCAAAAGUGCCAGACCAAAAACCAGCCAGCGAUGAUUCUCCGAUGCCGCUUCCACAGCUUUUCCUCACCGGCCUUGGACUAUGGUUUGCAGUCUUUCUUAUUACAUUGGACGGGACAAUUGUGGCCAAUGCAGCUCCAAAAAUUUCCGACGAGUUUCAUGCUUUGUCGGAUGUCGGAUGGUUUGGUAGCGCUUAUGCCUUGACGACAGCUGCUUUCCAGCUGCUCUAUGGUCGUAUCUACUCAUGCUUCUCAAUCAAGUACACCUUUAUGGUUGCCGUCGGCCUCUUCGAGCUCGGUUCUCUCGUUUGUGCGCUCGCUCCCAACAGUAUAGCCCUGAUCAUCGGCCGGGCUGUCCAAGGUCUCGGAGGUGCUGGCAUUAACUCGGGUGUCAUGAUCAUCAUCUCCCAGUCCGUCCCAGUCCGCCUCCGUCCCGUCAUCGUCUCAUCCAUGGGGAUCGUAUUUGCCAUUGCUUCAGUUCUGGGCCCCUUGCUCGGCGGAGUCUUCACCAGCAAGCUCACUUGGCGAUGGUGCUUUUAUAUCAAUCUGCCAUUCGGGGCAUUCACUGCACUCACUGUUCUGCUGUUCCUUCGACUCCCUGCACGACCUGAACUGGCUUCAACUACUUUGAUGGAAAAGUUGAAGAAGAUAGACCUCAUCGGGUUGGCCAUAUUCCUCCCCGCGGUUAUCUCACUCUUGCUGGCUAUGCAGUGGGGUGGCUCAGAGUACGCUUGGAGCAACGCUCGGAUUAUCGCCUUGCUCGUGCUCUUUGGGGUUUUGGGUAUUGCCUUUUUAUUCUUUGAACAUUGGAAAGGAGCCGAUGCUUCCUUCCCUUUUCGCAUGAUCACGAGAAGAAACAUGGCUGCUGCUGCAUGGAAUGGAUUUCUGAAUGGUGGUGCAUUUCCUCUUUUGGUCUACUACAUUCCUUUGUGGCAUCAAGUCAUCAAAGAGGUAGACGCUGUCCAGUCUGGUAUCCGACUUCUUCCUCUCAUCCUUGGAGUGGUCGUUUGCGCUCUGCUUGCAGGAGCUUUGGUCAGCAAAUUUGGAUAUUAUAAUAUCUUCAUGAUCCUGGGAUCAAUUAUUCUUCCAAUUGGGGAGGGCUUACUGACCACAUGGAACGUCGACACGCCCUUUUCUCAAUGGGUUGGCUACCAAGCCAUGGUGGGAAUCGGCAUCGGUUUCGGCCAGCAGCAACCCAUGAUCGCCAUCCAGACUCUUUUGCCUCGACACGAAAUUCCAUCGGGCACAGCUGUCAUACAACUUUUGCAGACACUCAGUGGUGCCAUUUUCAUUUCGGUGGGCCAGUCUGUCCUCCAAAAUGAGCUGCUGCGCAACCUGAAGGCUGCUCUACCCAACGCGAGCUUCGAUGCUUCGGUUCUGACCACAGUCGGUGCAACUCAGGUGCGGAAUCUGAUUCCACCGGAGGACCUCCCGGCCGUGCUGGAAGCCUACAACGACGCUCUGACCAGGACAUACCUUGUGGCUGUUGUUGUAUCAUCUUUGACUAUAUUUGGAAGUCUGGCAAUGGAGUGGAAGAAUGUGGCCAAGCCGAAGGCCCAGGAAACCAAAGACGUCGAGGCCGCCAAGGAGGAGAAUUUCACCAAGGGCGAGAACGACGCCAAGGAGGUCAAGGAAGUUCAAGAAGUCAAAGAAGCUAAAGAGUCGGCAUGA